AUAUGGGGGGGUAAUAUAAGCAGCAUUAUCAGGUCCACGCGCGUAUCCGUGGAAGGUUGAGGCCAGUCAGCGGCUGUCUGCAAAUCUGGCAAAUUGUGAUAAAGGGAGCCCGUCAAUAAAGGGAGGGAACACUGGCUGCUUGUCUAACUCUGCCUGUAAUCGUCCAAAGCCCGACGACUGCCACAAAUGAAGGGAUGAUAUGCGAGGAUGAAUAAAGUCGUGGAUAGCUCAUAAAAAUAAGAAUUAAAAAAAAAAGAGAGAAUGAGAAAAGAUUGGGUUAGAAGAAGGAGACACUCGUGGAAAAAAAUGGGAAGGAAAUGCGCAAGGACUGGAAUGCAGUCGCGGAUUUUUAUCUUCUUUUUAUUUUUUCCUCUAGAAACCUCACGGAAAGUGAAAGACAAGAGCGAAACAUUUCCCCAGGGAGCCCUUCUUCAAUAUAAAGUUCAAGGUAAGUGAAUCUCAGUCUGUUUCAGGGGGGCCACUUGUUUGAUUUAGUUGGAAAUAUAGCGCAAGUUUUCCUUCUGAUCUCUGAUGUCACGUCUGCUUCUUCUAUUUGACGACUUCUCAUCUCCAUGCCUUUGUUUUGAGACUCCACGUGUGCUCGCCUGCUAUCACUUACUUUUCCUGCUUCUCUUUUGAUGCCACUGAUCUGAGUUUGGAGGAGGGUGCACGGUGCACACUUGCUGCAGUGUAAACUUGUGUAAACGCUUUGUGCAAAAAGGGGGGGAAGAUCAGCGGCGUGCAGGCUUAGAGUGUGAAUGUUCACUAUCACAGGCUGAGAGGGCACCAGAUGGCAGAGCAAUGAUGGGUGAACUAACCUACUAAAUGAUACCACAUGAAAUGCAGCAUUUAAAAUCCCAUCUGGUUUGGCAUCCCUGCGGACAAGGAGUGUGAAACAUGACACAUAUUUAUACACCUGCUGAUGGAGCACACAGGCAUGUCCAAUAGGCUGGUGACAUGCUCGCACAGCCAGCUGACCUCCUCACCCCACAGCUUUGCUUUGAUUCAGCUCACUGCCCUUUUCCACCAGCAGACCCCCACUCUUAAUUUCAGUCUGGUGCUCCUGUUUGUGCUCCUUGUGAACGCUGCACGUGCUCCAUUAGGCUGGGAUUACUUGUCUUUUCUUGUAAUGGCCUUUCGAGUAUGUGAGCGAGAUUGAGGCUCCUGAUGCCCCCCUUUUUACUGGCCCAGUGGCUGUAAAAUCAUCUUGAUGUUGAAGUGGGUGGGUGCGGGGUGUUUGCACAAGGAUACAGACAAGGUGAGGCAUUUAAGAUCACAGACCCCCCUGAUGGUUCAGUGUCAAAUUUAAGGUUAAGGCUAUUAUUAAGGUUAAAGUAACCGCUUUACAGGAUACGGAAGCCCUAAAUGGACUUGUGUCAAUGUGUUUUAUGUACACAGUUUUCCCAAGAUGACUGAUAAAUCUAGUUUUUCUCAAAUAUCUCAUCAUGUCAAGAUGAAAUAGCUGGUUUUCCUUUGGUGAUUGGUUCAUUUUAGCCGUUUUCUGGGAUAUUGACUCAUUUCAUGUCAUCGUGGGAAAACAAAGGCUGGUGUCCUUGUAUGUAUUAAGAGAAAACAAAUAAUAACUAAGAUUGAUGAGACAUAUUAAGUCACUAUGAUGGAAGGAAAUAAUUGAGAUUUUCUUGUCAUCACAGCGAAACAUAGUGAACAAAAUAUAUGGAUGUUUAACUAAAAAAUAACAAAUUCCAAAAAAAAAAAAAAAAAGAAAAAGAAAAGAAAACAUAUUUGCAGACCAAACACAAAAGUUUUGAAUAUUGAAUAUAAUGAUGAUUAAAAUUAGAAAUCCAAAUCCAAAAUAUCAAAUCAAUGACAGAUUUUCCAAACCUCACUAUUAUUUAUUUAUAUUUUUCUAAACUCUGGUUUAAAGCUCUAGUAAAUUGCACCACGUGAGAAUAAAAUAUAAUUCAAUGUUGGGCUGAAAAAAAUAAAUCUCCAUCUGUAUCAUAAUCCAGUGUGAUGACAGUUUACUGUGCAAUUCCAUCUGCUAUUUUCUCCCUUUUACCUCCAUACUUUUUAAUAAGCCACCUUUUAAUGCUUUUUUAACUGCCUGCUAUAAUCCCUGUGCACUUCUCCGAGCGUUUCCCAGCUUUCACAAAGCAUUUUCAUGGACUCACAUUUCUCAGCUCCAGUGUGCAAUUUGAGGCCACAAAAUGAACUGAUUAGCAUGAUGAUUAGUCAUUAGUAUGCUAAUCAUAAGCAAUUCACAUAUUUUAUUCAUAUUGUCGCAGACUUGUUUUUCUCCAGCUGCUGAAACUGUGUACACAUAUCCCUUUUUAUUUUCUUAUUGUAAACAUGCAGGUCAAUCCUGUGACUGCUGAUGAUGAUUUUCACCUGGCUUAACGUCAUGUGACAUUGUGUUUGUCCCACUUUGUAUUUAAAGGGGAAAAUACACACAGAUGCAUGAAGGAUUUGGCUCUCCUAUUAAGAGAGAAACAUAAAUCUGUAUGCAUGUUCACAUUUAAUGUACAAACAUAAACCUGGUGUAAAAGGUGCUGCAAGAAAAUAAACACAACUCACAAACACAUAAAAGAACUACUCUAAAUAUUAGCACAGUUCUUGUUUUGACAGCCAAGCAGCUCACAUCAGUUUAUUAAAAAAUAAAUAUGUCUUAUUAGGUAAUCCCACCAAGAGUUAGACUGUCAGACGCCCUGACGUGCAGCCUCUUUUCUGUUUGCUUCAAACUGUGAUGCUGCCUUGCUUCUUCUUUAUUUUUCUUAAAAUGUAAGCACACAUCGUGUUUAUUGCUGUGGUGUUUCUCUUGUGUGUUGAUUAGAUCGGGGUCAUCCUACCUGUAUAUAUCAUCAGGGAAGCUAGGUGCAUAACCUGAAUAACUGUUCACUCAAUAUUUCUGCAUCAAGCAUAAAUUAGAUUGGGCCUGUCCUCCUGGGAUGGCUGAUGAAAUUUACCUCUUACCUGCAUGUGCGGCACAAAGACACCUGAGAUAUUCACUGCAUUAAACACAGCUUCCUCUAUUCUCAGUCUCUGCGCGGUGAUGUCCGCUGUGUAUAAGCCUCCAAAGAUGCAGGAAAAUCACUUCAAGGCUUGCUGCUCUUAUUUGUCUGUGCUUCUUUAGUAUAGCAUUUGUUUAGCAUGACCUAAAUUGCUGUGAAGUGAGUGCCUCAGCAGCUCUGUCUCGCCUCUCUCUUCCUCCCUCCCUACGUCUCUCUCUCUCUCUCUCUCUCUCUUUGUAUGCCUCCUUAUCUUUUCCACUCUCUCCUCUCUCUCUCUCUCUCACACACACACAUGAUUUACAAACAAGCUGAGAGGACAGUUUUUUUUUCUUUUUUUUUAUAACGAACAGCUUUCGCCAGAUCUUAUUUACAUGCGUAGUGAAGUAUUGUGGGAUGUAGGAUUCAGUAAGGUGGGCCGGCCAAUGAUAUUUCAGGACUCAGUGAGUGAAUCAUCUAACAAAUUUGUGGAGCAUGCUCUGUUCUUCUCCAUGGGGCUUUUUUUUUUUUCUCCUUCAGAUUUUACCUUCCUGAAGGGAUCAACUAUGCAAAGAAGUUAAAUCCCACCGCUGCAGAAAACACUGGCUUCCUCCUCUGCUGGGAUUCUGAUGUUGCUUUUGCACCUCAUUCAAAAGAACUGCAGAAAUGUAAAGAAGCAGGCAGACCUGGUUUUGAAUGUUCUGCAUCAACACACCGACAUGCAUCACGCAGGAUGGAGACAGGUACAUGUGUUGAUCUGGGUGACAGCCAGCUCGCAGUGUGGAUUUUGUAAACAUAUGACCUCCAUGAUAACCAGUAUGGGGGCACUAAAUCGCUUCAAUUUUUGUACAUGCGUUGCUAGGCAACAGCAUAAUCGGUCUCCGUCUCUCCCCUCCUUAUAUGGCUCUCUACUGGGAUUGCUGUGCUGCUAUCAUUGAAAAUGGUUAAUUAACUUCUACAAAAAGUCCAUUAAUGGUGCAGAUUAGACGUCAGAGGGGUUAAAAGCACAUCGAGGCUGUGGAGAAAUAUAUGCCGACAUACAAACUCGUACCAAAGAUUAGCUCUGCCUUUGAAAUAAAUGAUCCCAGAACCAUGCACAGGGUUGUACUCUAGUCCUAACAGCUGAGAUGACUGUUAGAAACAAACUCAUCAACAUGAAAAAGAGUUUAAGAAAUGAAAAUGUUAUGUUAAUUAAGCGCACUGGUUUCAUUCCUUAUAAACCCAUUUAGGGAGAUAAUCUGUUGUGAUUGAUUCUCAGAAUGAGCAAACAGUUUAACGCAAUUACAAGAGCUGCUGCAGUGAAUAAAACUCUGUUAGGGGAAAUGUGUGUUGAGAUGCAGCCUCACCGUACACUAAUAGUCCACGUUUAUUUUGUCUAGAUGCACGAAUGCAACACACACAUUUGCAAAAGCAUUUUCUUGGACUCAGUUUGAAUGUAAAUUGAAAUAUUCUGGAUGUAUGAUGAAGACAUAUUAAAUAUAACACAACACAACACUAAAAACCAAGAAAUAGACUGUGUCAAAAUGCAGAGAGACAGUGAGGGAGAAAGAGUAAAUGCACAUAAGUUUCACCUUUUUAUUUAGCUUCAAAAUUUUACAUUUUAUAUAUAUAGCAAUAUUCUAAAUGUUUAUUGAAAAACCCAAUGCCACACAUUACACAUGUAGCUGAUUAGAGAGUAAAAAAAGAUCUGUAUUUGUUCAUGAUUCAUUUGAGAUCAUGAUCAAAAUAUUUCAAUUGAAAAGAAUAAAAAGAAGAUCCCUAUUAACAUAUUGAUGUCCGAGCCCAAACCUUCACGGUUAAGAUAAAUUAAAUACAUAUUUUUUCUGCUCACUAGUUGGCGCACUCCAUAUACAGUCCUCAUGACCCCUGUGCUCCGUCUCCCCCCGUAAAGUCAGUAAGACUACAUCCAUGUUUUAUCCAGUCUAUGUUGUGUUGCUCCUGUGAUUAAUUCAUUUUAGUUUUAAAAAAAUUGUGAUAAUUAAGAAAAAAUUGACAUUGGUUAAUUAAUUUGUAGACAACCUAGUUUGUACAAUACCCAGUUCCUGCUAAGAAAGCUUUCCAAACUGAGGUCAGCUUCAGUGCUGGCAUGGAGCCAGAGCUCUGCCACUGCAGCCCCGUUUGUCUGAAGCUAUUUCCUUUAUCUUAUUACAUUCAUCUAGAUUACACUUCUCAGGAAAUGGUGUUUAAAAAAAAAGUGCUGGAGAGCUUUGAAGAGCUAAGUGCAGAUUUAAAGCUUGUCCUUAGAUGUGUUUGGUUACAGUGUUUAUCAUCUCUUCAAGACUUUACAUUGAAGUUUGAAAAACUUCUCACAUGUAAAAAAGUGUAGUAUAAAGUACGACAUAUCCUGUGAAUGGGAGUUAACAGAGUCUGGAGAAUUAACUUUACAUAUCUGAGACAAAAUACAUCGACCCAAUAUGCCAGGAAGACUGUUUCAUAUUCCCAUUGCAUGGGAUAUAUUUCACAUCAGACUGGACAACAUCCCAUAAAUAGAGAUUUGGAAAGGGCAGAACUUUGUUGUUUCAUAGUUCCAUAGCUUUAAAAACUUGCUCUGCUGUAAAUGAGAUUCUUUAUUAUUUCAGGGAUACUUAGUUGGUUAACUGGUUGGAAACUACACUUACCCUGGAUUUCCACGGCAACCGGAACGGCUCCGAUUUACACCGUACGCCAAUUCCUACCGGAUCUGUUUGUGAGACAAAUUUCAUGGCGAAUAUGGACAAUGGGAAUCGCAAGAAUCACGAGAACCCGCUGAUUCAUGUGCAAUCGCGCAAUAACAAGUUGUCUUUAGCCACAUAGGCUGACCAUAUAAGCAGUAGAUUGUGUCCUUUCAGAGGAGAAAAUCUACUUUUAGACUUUUAAAAUCAGCAUGUCCUUAUCCAUGGUGUCAUCGGGAUCAAAUGUUGUUUAUAAGCCUUUCACUUGUUCAUUCCCGCCUGUUUGCAUGGUAUGAAAUUCAAUCCGCCUGAAACACGGAGUGUUUUAUUUUGAAAAGAAGCCGGAUGUUUUAUUCUGUGUUUGUGCCCAACUUCCUUUACAGCACAGGUUAAUCUGUGCUGAAUUUAUCCGGCAUAUCUGGCAUCUGGAAAUAAUAGAACUCUUGCAAUCCACAGUGGAAUCGAAAGAAGCCGGUGGAAAUUGACACAUUAACUUGAAUGGUCACGAUCAGCUAUGAUCGGCGGAGACGGCCUCUCGGUAGCCAUACUGGAUGCAGUGGAAACUUCCGGUUAGUUGGUUUCAGUCUUAUCUUAUGGGUCAGACUUUAACUGUCAUCUAGAUAGUCACUCAUCCUCUUCCUCUAACGUUACCUUUGGUGUACCCCAGGGUUCAGUUUUAGGCCUCAUUUUACUUUCUACUGAUAUGCUUCCUUUCUUCAACUAAAUCAGUCAAAGUCUGAAAUAAUACUUUUCAAUCUGCAAAACUGUAUUGAUUGUAUAGAGAGCAGCCUUGGUACCCUGUCCACAAAAAUUAAAUCUAUAGUCAGAAUUUGGGAGUAAUACUCGAGUGUCACUUCACAUUUGAAUCUUAUAUAAGACAGGUCACAUAGUCAUGCUACUAUCAGGUAUACACAACAUCUCCAAAAUCAACACAAUAUUAAUGUUAUUAUUAUUAUUAUUAUUAGUUUUAAUAUGACAGGAAGAUACCCAGUGACUGAGAUUAAACCGGAGAUCAGUUGACAUGAUGAUUAGUCUUAAUGACGAGAGUAAAAUUCUUGAAACCUCUGUCUGUGAAGUUGCAAAAAUGUCAAGUUAAACUUCCUAUUCAGCAGAUUCAAAUGCCUGCUAAUCCACACAGUAUAAUCUGAAGGUUUAAGCAUGCACCGAGGAGACUGUGGGCAUGAUUUGUUAGAAGGAAUUGAAAGCUGGAUUACAAAGAAGUUAUACAUCACACACCCACACUUCCUCACACUUUCAUAGCAUAUAUUUCAUGAAAUCUGACCCAGUUAUUAUUCCAAACCAACAAGUUAAUUCUGGAGGCCUUUGCAGAGUUUGUGCUGGGGUCAUGUGCUACAGUGAAUAACUGGCUCAUCAAAUGUUUUACACCUCAGGAGCUGGUGCAGAAAAUGAAGGAGAGGUUUUGGGUGAAUACAAAACACUUGAGCAUGAGGCGAAGAAGAGGGAGCCGAGGGGUCCAUCAUCGACAUCGCAGAGAGGGAGGGAGCCUCGAAAUGCAAGCUUUGACUGAAGCCUGCAAUCCUUUCUCAGCACACUGCCCCUGCUAAUCCCCUCCAUUCAACCACAUCACUAUGGAAACUGACUGCAUGUCUCACCCCUGUGCCAUCCAGCCAUGUCCACUGACACGGAGAGUUGUGCAGUUAAACGCUGCUUGAUCACGGUGACACAACGCGCCACGUCUCCAUGCCGCGGCUGUUACAUGCAGCCAUAUUGAUGCAGAGUCAUUUGGUCACUGUAUAGUCCGAGCUGCAGAGACAAUUGCUGAAGUUUCAGUUUGAACUUUGCUGGAGUAAGCACUUCAGUCUCUAAAAGGAAAAAAAAAAACCUUGGCUGUAAGGUUGGGAGUCUGAGAUGGAUGGAGCAAAUUUUCAUAUUCCUGCGCCUGCUACCUUUUUCAUUUCUUUGCCUUUCCUCUGGCAAAAUUGCAGGAGAACAUUUGUCAUGGUUUUAAAAGGUUUAUCAGCUUCAAAGCUGAGGGAGCUGGUCUUCCAACCCAUCAGUGAAACCACGCAAUCCUUCCAGCUCAGACAAGAAUGGGAUGGAGCAUGUGGACGAAAUUCCCCGGCUAAGCUUCCAAUUCAGAGCUUUUUACAUAAAGCUUGGAGAAGCAAAUUUGCAUUUUGCCAUUGACGUCAGCUUUUUAAUCCAUCCCUAAAAACCACUUCCUUAACCCUCUCAACAUCCUGGAGAGGAGCUCCGGUAAUUGCUAGUUACGAGAAGAAAGUGAAAGAUGGUGAUAAUCUUUUUUUUGCACUAUCAGCCUGGUCAGCGCUCACACUGACGGCCCCUAGAUAAGCCGGAUUGAGCCCGCAGGUGAAGACAGCGUAAACAAAAGCAAGUCUGCAGCCCUCUGAAAUCAACCAGGAGAGCCACGCCACAUCAUCACAGCCAUAUUUGUUUGGCUCACUGCUGUCAUCUCGCAUCUUUUCACAAAAUGGCCAAAAGCAUGUUGGGGACAUGAAUUACCUGCCUGGGUGAGUUUUUGUCCCAAAGCUGGUGCAUGGAACAUUUUGAGCUGCGCCAUCAUGUGUUUAAUUACAUCAGUCUAUCAAUGUAUGUGCUGUCAAAAACAAGCUUGUACAAGUUAGUACAGCUAGAGUGGAGUCUUCAGAUUGUUCUCUGUUUGUCGUGGAUUUAACUGGAAAAGCAGGGAAUCCCUACGUCGGAGAGAUAAUUUAGGGGGGGAGUGAAUUAAAAUGAGGCGUGAAAUAUGACAAGUUUCAUCAAAUACUUGACGAAAAUGACUAAAUUUGCCGUUACAGUCUAACAGUGUGUAAUACUAUGACAAAUUAAUCUUUGCAUUGAAUCAGAGAAAUCAAAUUUUAAAGAAAAGUGAGGCAAAGUUACAAAAUCGUACAUGUCUCUGUAUUCUUACCUUAAUCGGACAGAAUUUAAUGUCACACAGAAACACACAGCAGAUCGAGAGCCGUGAAAUACAUAAAUGAUGUCCUUGAUAAAUGAUUUAUGAGUCAUUUGUACGACAAAUUCGCUUUAAGCUCUGCAGCGAUCAACACCACUUCAACAUUUAUGAGGGUGUUUAAGGGGUAAGUCAUGUGUUGUUGAGACGGACCGCGAUGACUCCGUCUCGCUGGAGUAAAAAAAUCUGGAUUGAUGUGUUCGACCAACUGAAACAUUUCUCGAAAAAUGAUUUGGGGCAAAGUUUUCUCUCUUUCUUUUAUGCAGCUGGAAGUAAAAGUUAUACGCAAGGACAAGUUUUCCCCAGGCAGAGACACACAGUGUGCAGAGAGUGUGCUCUUGUUUUAGUCAUCCAGCUUUGAAACUAAGGUGGGCUAAGGUUUUACACACAUUUCUAAAACUGAAUCGCUGUGAUUUCCCUGAAAGUAAAGAUGUUAAAUUUUGAGGAUGUUCAAGGUGGUGAUUGUGGAAUUGAGGGUUUAGAUCAACAUGACAUAAAACUGCAUUAAAGGGAUAUUCCAGCGUAAAAUUAAUUUAGGGUCAAACACACUGUAACAUCGAGUUAGACACCCCGUCGAAAGAUGAAUGUUGCCGACCGCUUUCUUCUCUAGUUAUACCAACUUUAGUAAUGAUUGCACAACAGCAAUACACAGCAGUCUGAGGACCCAUGAACAAACCUCAACCAAAACGCCACUCUAUAGCCACAAAUAAUGCUCAGAACAGCACCUAACUUCAUCAACAGUACAUAUAGGGUCCAAGCCACAGCACUAGCCACCAAACAUCUUUUUAACUUUGCCUAAUUUCUUUAGCAAAGAGACUAAACACAACUCACCUACUCUCUUCCAGCAGCCGCUUGUUUGUAGCAAGACCUCAGGCCAGUCCAUUACAGACUACAGCGGGGUGACACAGCUCAAGGAAGAACAUUUAUGAUCAUUUCUUUAUCAUUUCCUCGAAGUAAUAAUCAUUUUGCACUGCAGACGCAGUAGUUCUUCUGCCUUAGCGUCUCAGUCUGAUUGCAUCUCUAUGAGGAAAUUAUCAUGGAAAUGUUCUUCCUUGAGCUGCGCACCCCCACUGUACUCCGUAAUGGACUGGCCUGAGGUUUCGCUACAAACAGAGAGUAGGUGAGUUGUGUUUCGUCUCUUUGCAAAAGAAAUAAGGCAAAGUUAAAAACAUGUUUGGUGGCUAGUGCUAUGGCUGGGACCCUAUAUGUACUGUUGAUAAAGUUAGGUGCUGUUCUGAGCAUUAUUUGUGGCUAUAGAGUGGCUUUUUGGUUGAGGUUUGUUGAUGGCUCCUUAGACCGCUGUGUAUUGCUGUCAUGCGGUCGUUACUAAAGUUGGUAUAACUCGAGAAGCAAGCGGUCGGCAACAUUCAUCUCUCGAGGGGGUGUCUAACUCGGUGUUACAGUGUGUUUGACCCUAAAUUAAUUUUAUGCUGGAAUAUCCCUUUAAUACUGCACACAGGAUUGGGGAUUCAUUACCUCUCCAGUAUGAAGUCCUAGAAAGAGUAAAGAGUUUAAACAUGAGAGGUAAAACUCCGUCAAACUAAUUUCAAUCAGGGCAUCUAGAUGAAGACAAAUACCAACAAAGAAAAGAGAGACACAAGGUUAUGAUGAAAACCAAGAUCCAGAGAAUUUGGAAAUGUGACACCAACAGAUAUGAACUUCUCGGUAUGACUGAUGGUCCAGCGCUGAGAGGCCUGCUGGCAAAGAGAAGUGCAUGAGGGAGAGACAGACGUUAGCACACAUACUGAAAGCUAAUGUAUGUGUAGUACAUUAAGUAGAGUGAAGGUAAUAGAGCUGAGGUGGUUCCUUAGAGUUUGCAGUAUUCUCACUGGCAGGACAGACCAGAAUGUAUUAAGUAUCAUGUCCGCUAGUAAGGGAGCGAGAAUUUUUAAAACAGUUGUUUUAAGGAUUUACAGCCAUUAAAAAAAGUUCAAAAUAGUUUUUUAACUGACUUUUUAAAGAGGUUGACUCAAUUAGGUAAUAAGCAUGACAACUCCUAUAGUGGUAGCAUGAGGCUGUAUCUGCAGCCCACAGAAGUUGCCCCGGUAGUGUAGCUCCUUCAUAUGCACAGUGGUUAGAAAGUUUGCUGUGUUGUUCAUCACAGUGUGAGGAGCAUUUAGAUGAUACCAGGAGACCAGCCAGUACACCAAGAGAGGUGGAGGGCAACAACCCAGCGGCAGGCUGCUAUCUGCUCCUCUGUGCAAGGAAGGAGCCCUGCCAGAGCCCUACAAAAUGACCUCCAGCAGGCCACUCCUGUGCGUGUCUCCAACCAAACUGUCAGAAAUAGUCUCCAUAAGGGCAGCUUGAGGGUCCAAAAGUCUACAAGUGGGGCCUCUGCUCACAGCCCAGCACCAUGCAGCAUCAUUGGCAUUAGCUAGAGAGCACCAGAAGUGGAAGAUUUGCCAUUGGCGCCCUGUUCUCCUCGCAGAUGAGGAGAACACAUUUGACAGACGUGAGAGAGUCUGGAGACACUGUGGGGAACGUUCUGCUGCCUGUAACGUCCGCCAGCAUGACCGGUUUGGCAGUGGGUCAGAUAUGGUCUGAGGUGGCCUAUCUUUGGAUAUCCUGUUGCUCACUCAGAGGCGGACCGUGGGGAAGACGGCGGCAAUGUGGAUAUAUCAUUAACCCUUUAGCUCCGAAUGUUGGCUUGGGAAACACUUUGACCAUCUGACUCUUGAGGUUCAUCACAAGAAGAGACCAAUCACUUCAAAAACCCUGAUGAGGUUAUCCUUCAAACCUCUCCACCUCACUUGUUUCCACUUACAUGUCUCCCAAAAUGGUACAAAAGUCAUUGACCUCUCGGAAAACAGUUGAAGUUUCCAAUAACUCCUGUAAAUCGUCUUUUGAUAUUCGAUCGGGGGCUUUUUCUCUGAGACAUUUUUAGAGUUUCUGGGGUUUGGACAUUUGUCAACAUCAAUUUUUCCUUUUCCUUUGAACACCCACUCCUUCCCUCCCCCAGCUUUCCUUGUCCUUCCAAUGGAUUACCUUAAAUUUGACUGCUCUAAAUCUAUUUCGGAGCAUGCUUCAGGUUCUGUGCUUCUUUACAUGUAAAGCAACUUAUUUUGUUUAACAGGAUUGUCAGUUCUAAUUUCGUCUCCUUUUGCUUAAUACGUCUCCGGUCUCCAUUAGAGCAGAACAUUUCCUGUGCCUUUGCACAUAAGUACAAAUGCAUUAGUACUAAGAGGUGAAAAAGAUUAAAAUAUGCAGAAUAAAUGCAAGAGCCUAAAGCCAUUUUAGGACAGCGGCACACGAUCGCAGUGAAGCUACAGCUGCAGCAAAAACUGGCCUUUCUGUUCCCUACCCUGUAAUGACGGAGCUAAAUGAAGCUAGUUAACCUUCUGCACUGUGUGGAGAUAAAGAACAUGGAUCACAAUGUGGCUAUGUGAGGGAAGCUCUGGAGAUAUGUUCGUACUGUCACUGUCAGACAUGACAUGCAUGACGACAAACCCAGAGGUUAGGAGUGUGUGACGCUCGCCUGUAGGUGUGUACGUUGUGUAAGAGCGUUCACAUCCAGAGGUGGCAGAUCACUUGCAUAACCAACCCAAUGUGUGUGCGUAUGUGUGUGCGUAUGUGUGUGUGUGUGUGUGUGUGUUGUAUGUUCCAGGAUAAAUGAGACUCAUCACUGCAGCGUUUGCGCAAAGUGAUGCAACACCUCCAAUGUAUCCAUCUCCCAAAAUGGGGCGUAUGCAUGAGCAAGAGAUGAAGUCACUUAAUUUAGUUGUUGGCAAUGGCAUCAGGAAACACUGACCUUUCGUUGGCUCCUUGAGGCCAUGAUGUGAGUCACAUGACAGCCGGAUAUUUACAGUGCCUCCUGUCACUGGCCUUGUCAAAUCACAGCACACUUCACCGAAGCCCAGCGGGCCUCAGGCUGGACUUCAGCGACACAGACGGAUGCAAAGGUGUUUUUUUUCUCUACUCUUUAUAGCCUGAGCUUACUGCAACCCUGAAUAACACGAAGAAGCACGAGGGCAAAAAGGGACAUGUGAGCGUUUGCAACUGUUCAUGUGAAAGUGUUUGCACAUUAACACAGGCGAAGAAGUGAGACAUACAAGGGGAGAGGCGCACUGACUGCAGGACCAAUGAAUUUCAAGCCAAUUUGUCUUAUGAAUGAGCCUCUGGAGGGCGUUAUUCCUGAGACACCUCCAUGAGUUACUAAGAUCCCAGAUAGUGAACGCUAAAUUGCGUGUGCAAACAAAAAAAUUGCAUGUGGUUUUAGUGGGCGUGUUGCACGUGAUAACAAGAGCAAAUAUGGUGCGGACUGCCCUCUUUCAACGAGGAUUUUGCGUGCGCCAUCAGUCAUCACUAUGGAGAGUUUGUGAAAGCUGAGUGAUCGUAGAUGAAAAAUGAAGUUUGAGGCCAUGGAGUUGCACCUAUCUUUUUAGACCAGCAACUGCAUAAGGCAAGGGAAGUUUAUUUGCAUAGCUACAUUUACACACAAGCUAAUUCAAAUUGCUUUACAGAUGCAAGACAAUAUAUUUUAAGUUUAAAAAAAGAGAUUUAAACAAUUUAAAAUCAAUAAGACAAAGAGGUAAAUUUUGGCAACUGUUUCAUGCUGACCUAAUUAUUUUUCAAAAUUGUCAUUUACAAGCUUUUGCACUUUUGCCUCCUUCUCCCUACAAUGACUGCAACCAUUUGUGCGUAUCGCUGUGCAAGUUUGCAUGUGCCUUUUAAACGUGUUAAAUGUAGAAAAAAACAGCGAACGCAAUGGGUUCCCGGGUUUGAUAAAUCACAUUGCAGGUGCUAAAUGAUUCUAUUUGUAUCUUGUCCUCCCAGAAUUUUGCGUGUUCUGACGAUCUACAUACAAGCUGCAUAUUCAUGAAGGCAAACACGCUAAAUCGAUUGCGCGCUGUUUUGCUUUUGACAGACACAAUCGAAAGACUUUAGAUCUGAUCUUUCGUAGAUCAGACCGUACGUCUUUCAAAUGAACCCAUUCACCUCUCAGAAACGCCUUUACCUGCUACCAAAAUGCUAUAGUUUAGCAUAAGUGUUGCCCCAAUUGUUGGUAUUAUGUAGUGUAAAAUCAAGGAACAGGGCAGCUCCAUUAAAAUUUUCCACCACACAGCCAAACCAAAAUAGAAUUUUUAAAAAACUUGACGUUGACGACACCUCUUCCUCUUUUAGAUCAUGUAUCGUGACACAGAGUCUUGCCUGGUGUAGCUUUAAUGCUGCCAGCCUGCUCAAAGCUCAGUCUGUACCCCAGUUCCAGAGCCAUUUCAAAACAUUUUCUCUUGGACACAACACACAGAGAUCAGAUCAGCGCCGGCCAAAAGCAAAUACCAGGACAGAAAUACAUCACCUAGCUUAUCCUGCUUUCUAUAAUGCUGCACUGAGACUGUGUUUCCCAUGUUCCUUCAUUUUUUGACAUUAUUCUUUAAUUAACAGCGUUUUGUCUCUCUACCUGAAUCAACAUUUUAAAAUCAGUCAGUUCAAAGUCCAAUCCUGAUAAACUAAACUUGCACUUGUGUUUACAUGCAAACCUUAAAUUUAGACACCCACGUCUUUAGAGCGUCCAAGAAGAUUCCUACUACUCAAGCAUUAUGUGAAAUGUUUCUCCCUCUUCUGAUUCUACUACGAUAUUAAAUCAAGAUAAAAUACACUGCCGGAUGCCCCAUGACCCUAUGCUAAUAGAAUAUUAGAUUUAUUCUGGGGUAGAUUGACUUUAUAGAUUAAUCUAUCAUUACAUAAAGUAAUGAUUUCUUUAUUGCACGUUUAAUUUAAAACGUCAAAAAUGAUUAUGUUUGGCCUCUGUAUGAUACGCUUCAUUUCAGUCACUGGAACCCAGCUCUCCUGAACCCUCCUCCACUGUUGCCAUAUCCCAAAGUCAUCAUCACUGAGUGAACUGGUGUUUCUCUAUCUAGAAUGAGUAGUUAUCCACUAGGACUGUUAUGUUUUGGAUCCCGAAUCUGACCCAUUUGAAAAGUUUGAAAACAAAGUCACAACAGCAGCAUGUCUCUAACACAUUUCAAAGAUAUUUGAUCUCAGAUUUUAUUGAUUAAAAAGUACUACCUCCUGUUGGAGCGAGCAGGAAAGUCCAGGUCACCGAAGGUUUCACAAAACCUUUCGUAGUCUGUCAUGAAUGUCAGCGCCAAAGAGAGCACACAGAUCCUUCGUGUUUUCACCGAGCAGAUGAAAAAUGUGACCUGCUGGUGAUGCCAAAAGAAAAUGUCAGGGGUGGACCGAAACACUCGGAUUCUUCUUGUGGAAAUAAUCCGGAUAGAUAUAAGUUUGGAAGUGCAUCAUGAGACAUUUCAUGACAAAAACUCAAAUGUCAAUCUCAGAUGAAAACAAACAGCCGGUUAUUGUGCUGUGCUGAGGAUUACGAAUAAGUUUUGAUUGAAUGCAUUUAACCUUUUUGAUUGACUGCAUGUUAAUUUUAUUUAUAAGUAGCAUUUCUUAUGCAAGUAAGCAGUUUCUUUGCACAACAGGACUCUUAUUAAGUGGAUGCACUGACUUUUUGUUAUUAUUUUCAUGUAUUUGAAUUCAUAACAUUGAAUUUUUAAACAGGAUAUGACCAUAAACAGAAUAAUUGUUGUUAAUCAUCUUUUAUUUCUUGUUUUUGAGGAUUUUUUAGAUUCUCACUGUUGAAGGUUUUAGUAAGGAUUGUGUUAAGUGUCAACCUCACAGUAGGGAGAAACAGAGAGAAUAUUGUGACCUGCUUUCUCUCAGUACACUCGAGCAGGACUGACUUUUAAAAUGUAAUAAUACAGAAGUUAUACCGCUGUUCAUUUUACUUAGAAAAUGUCUGAGACAUUGUCAGAAACCCUGAGGGCCCACAGAUUCCAUUUCAGAGCGCUGCUAUUUGAAGGGAAGAGGAAGAGGCAGAGACUCUGACAAAUCCAAAAUGGGUGUGUGUGCACGCAGGGGAGAAUUUCUUCUUCCCAGACAGGCAACUCUUGUCACCGGCUCCAUUUGUAAGGCUCAGAAAAUAGGAGUUAUUGUGUGCGAUCAUCAGAUUUCCUCUCUGUGUUUGUUGACAUUUGCUUUUGGAAAACUCACCACUGAAAAUAUUUUAGGUUUUUGACAUGUUUACAUGAAUACAUAGCGGCAAGCAGAGCAGCAUUAAGCUAACACAGAGAAAGUUUUUUGGUAAUAUUGUUAAUCCUCUCAACAAAUCCGUUGUUCAUUUCUUCAAUAUUGCCACAGGAGAUCUUGUUCAGCCAUAAAUCUGGAGACAGACUCUUGACCGCUCUUUUUGCUGCCAUGAAGAGGAAACACUUUUCCCCUCUUGCUUGAAGGGAACUUCAUUGGCUAUCUAUCUGGGAAGGAAUCUUCUCUUGGUGUCUCUCAGAGGUUGGAGAGGUUGGGGGGGGGGAGGUGGGUUCGGCAAGAAAAGGGUGGUAGGCGACUUGGUGGUCCAGUGGACUGGAAAACGCUGCCCGCUGGCAGAGAGUUAGUGAGUGGCUCUAUCAGCGGUGGAGCUAAUGUGCCACUGCCUCAUUAGAGCUCUGAUGUAAAGAACGCUGCGUUACACCAAGUGCCCCAGUGCAGAGAGUUUCAGAGAGGAUCCACUGAACGCACUGAAGCAAAGUCAAGACUAUCCUCUCCAUCUCCUCCAAAGACAAAUCCCUCAAUUUAGGUUAGACAUUGUGGCCGAUCGGAGAUCUCUAAUAAAGCAGUCAGCGGAUAGAAAGAGGAGCUUUCAUGGUGGAAAAACAGUGUGUAUCACUCAGUCUCAUGCCGAGCUUUCACAGCCUGACACAACAGGAGCUGCUGACAGGUUGGUCAUCAAUGAAAGGAGGCAGAGAGAGAUGGAACGAGAGAGGCCGGGAGGAAAGAAUAGAGAGAGAGAGAAAGAAAGAGAGGCUGACAGGCUCAGCUCCCCUCCUCCCUUCGGCAAUCAAGGAGGUGAGGACACAGAGGAGGAGGAGGAAGAGGAGGAGGAGGAGAGAGUGUAGGACCUAUGCUUCAAGCUCAGCUGCACUUCAACCCAAUCAUUAUAUCACACAAGUAUUUAAAUGGACAUGAUGUAUGUUGUGCAAAGUAGUAGAUCUCUACAAAUGCAGUCUGGCUGAUUCAGUACUGCCAUGAUGAGCUGUUCCGCCUCUGGUGGUUUGACAUAUUGCACAAUCUAUAAUGUUUCAGCAGACACAGAAAUGUCUGUAGAUGAUGGAAGUCCAGCCUUUUUUCAGAGGACAAGUCAGACACAUAACUGUUAUAUUUCUUUAGAUUUUUAUGUGCAACUUUGAGUCAUUUCAUAGAAGCGUAUUUGAUGGACGUGUAGAAGUGUCAGAGUCCAUAUCCAGAGACCUUAAAUGUAAUUAUUUUAACUUGUAGGCUGAGUAAUUUGCAUGAAUGGUUCUGCAGCACAAAUAGCAAUUGUUAACCCUGAUUGUGACCCCCCAUAUGUGCGUGCAAUUUCGCAUGUGCACGUUUGCGUAUCGGAGGCAAAGAAUAGAAAAUAAUACAGUCACUCUGAGGACAAAAUGUGGUGGCAGGGAGGCAGAGAGGGAGGUGGAGGGGGGAAAUAGCCCCGCUCAUCUCCUCUCAUUUUCUGCCCGAUUCUACCCAGCAGAGUUUCUAUGGCAACCCCUCAAAAAGCGGUGUGCGGUGAAUUGUGGAUUUGAGAUGCGCUGUCUGAUUGCGCUGUGUGGAGGAGAUGGCUGGCUCUUUCGUCAGCCUUCCUCUGUAAGAGGAAAUUGGUGGAGGGCUCCAAUGAAACAGCACUCCAUAUGCUUUCUUUGAUGCGUGUGCCAGUCUUCGGUACUACAGCGUGUGUGUUUAUGUGUGUGUAGGAGUGGGGUUAUACAUGUGUGUGUAUGCUGAAAAAAAAAAAAGCUUUACAUUUGAAUCUAGUGCCCCCUGCAGAGCUGCUUGUCACUCUUGGCUCCCAGCAGACAGCACAGAGCGCUCCAAAUGAAUCUGUCUGGCUGACCAUGUAGACUCAUCAGUAUGCUUCGGUUUCAGCUGAUGGAGUCUUUGCCAUUGAUGACGUUUCAUUCCUGCGGAGUACAACACGGUGAUGCGUGUUUUGGAUCAGGGAAUUUAGACACAUGACUGAGAAAAAUACAGCAGAAAAACCUGCACAAAUUCACGUUUUCGCCUCCCUCACAUCCUCACAUCCCACCUCAACUCACCGCCCGUCUAUCUCCAUGGUGAGAUGGAGUCACCUGUCACCUUUGCAUGCGACUGAUGUGCACAGAUAUGAGCGCGUCUCUAUCAGAGGAUGUGUGUUAUUCCCUGUGUAAGAGUAGGACAUGUAUGAUGUUGAGUUAGAGCUCCUUCUCUCUGCCUCUGAGUGGCUGUAUGAUGCUUGUAAGCUGUGCCAGUCCCCAUUAGCAUCCCAUUAUAAACCAGCAUGAUCACUCGUCACUUAGAAUGCCUGCCACAGCAUGCUCUGCGUGUGUGCAUGUGUGUGUGUGUGUGUAUGUGAGAGAGAUAGAGAGAGCGAGAGAGAGAGAGAGGGAGCUUUUGUGAGAGCACGUGUGUGAACGUGUGUGUGAUUCACACAGUCAAGUGAUUGAGAUGGCCUUGUUUCAAAGGAGCAUGAAAAAAACGCCGCUAAGUCUUGCACUGUGUUCAAUUCAAUUUGAAUGUGUCUGCAAGUGUUUGGUUUGUUUGACCCAGAUUUCUCACCUACCCCACUGUUGAUAAAUUGGAUAACCGGAGGCAGCCUUGCGCAACAAUUUAAUUUAGUUCAUACAUAGUGAACAGCACCCUCUGCUGACUGAAUCCGAGUCGCACACAUAAAGGUUUGGCAUAAAAAUCCUCAUGAAUUAUUCAGAGAGGGAAUUGCCAGAUAUGGGUUUCUCAUGAGAUCAAUGUUAUUCAUGUGGGAAGAAGAAUAUCCUCUUUUCUAAUUACAGAGAACCGUCUUUUGACCCCUGAUGACAUCUUUUGUUUAUUUGGUUUGAGUCAGAGGAUGCUGGAGUCCUUCAAACACAGCAGGAGCGUAUAAAAACAGCAUUUUUUUCUUAUCAUCUCACUGAUAAAACACCAGAAACACGUGAUUUUCAAAGGUAUUUUUUCUCUCAGUGUGAGAAAUAACCUUAAAGGAAAGUGGGUUUUGUGUUGCAUGUGAAUGAUCAAGGACAAGGAUGCAUCUGGUGAUUUUAUACUGUUUGAAAAAAGAUCUCUGGCAUUGCUGUUUCACAUCCUCUCUCUUUGGGCGAGCUUUGAAACCUCAAACCUUUUUUAAAAUCUGCACAUUUGUUGCUUUUCUGCCUCUUUUUGUUCAGACCCUGUCAUUGAAAUCUCCUGCCAGCUUUGUCAAGGUGUUUCGCCCUCAAAGCAGAGAUUUCAAUGAGUAAAAAAGAAAAGGAUGUCAUGAACGAUGGCCGCGUUCCAUACAGCUGAUCCAGGUCCAGGGUCCUGGCUCAGACCAUAAAAGAAAUGGAACUAUUUUUGAUACGGUUCCUCCGACUGUGAGCUUUAUUUGCUUGUGGCAAACAUUCACUCCAUGCACACAGACCUGUCUUUGACUCCACGAUCCCUCUCCAAGCUGACCCCUGCCCCCCUCUCUUUUUGUCCUACCUACAUGGUCUGCUUAGUGUUGGUUGUGUCCACACACACAUAAACACACACAGCCUCCCGAUCCCCCUCUGCAUCACUGGACCAGGUCUGGAGGAAUGUUGAGUGUCUCUGUAGUCCCCUCCCUGGAGAUUAGGCAUCACCAUCCAUGCCCCCCCACCUCCCCCGUCAUUCCAGUCCAAAGUAUGCCCCCCCUUAAGAGCUGCUGCAUUUUUAUCUGAGCCGGGUGAUUGUGACAGAUUGGCCAAAUGACACACAUACACAGACACACAUUUGUGAGCACAAUCGGAGAGGAGGCCGGUCAGCUCAGGGAGGGACUAGGCAGACUGAGGCUGUGGGGCUAUAAAACCCUCCCAGGAUGAAGCCGGGUCUUGCCCUGAGCUGGACUGAACCUCCUUCCUCUGUGCCAGGACGCCGUCAGGACCAGGAGCAGACGAGCCUCCAACAUGAAUGACAUCUAUAAGGCAGCGGUACGUCCUCUCACAUCUCAGACACAUGAAUAGUGUGCUCUCUGCUUCCUGUGAUGGAGUGGUUGUAGUUUGGUGGAUGCUUUCCAAAGAAAAAAACUGUGUAAAUCUAAUCUGGUUUAAGACUCAGGCUUGUUUCAGAUCCAGGCCGUAAUCCCUGCCAAUUCUUAUUGGUUUGUGAGAUGAACAAUCUUAAACUUGAUUUAUUGCACUCCUUAAGGGGCCUUAAAUGGAAAAGCCUGGUACUUGUGCAUUGCUUUGUUGAAGAAAAGGUCCCUCAUCACUUUGUUUAUGUGACAUUUGACAUCACUGGAAUGUUUGACAAAUCCCCGCUGAUGCGCCUCGCACAGCACAUCACCUCCAUCACCAGCUGAUGUCAAAAGAUCCCCGACACCAUAUACGUCUUUAGAUGUUUUCCCACUUCAUGCCUAUCAGAGCUGAUAGGAGCCACUCAGGGGGUCACUGACAGGACGGGUCUCUGCUCUUCAUUCAUGACUUCAAAUGGAACGGUCCCCACUCCACAUGGCUAAUUUUGGCCAGUUGCUCAGACCCUGCACUCUGCAUCUGUGGUGCUCUGGUGCCAGAGAAGAGGCUUCAGGUUUAGAUAAAACCCCCCACAGCUGAAUUCCAGCAUUAUCUGUGAGCCCGAGAGCUGUGUUAGUCCACCUCUGCGUAGACCGCUCAACCGGCUGUCCGGUCCCCUCAUGUCCCCAGUGAGCAACACAGCUGAGACAGUUAAAAAACUUCACAGGAAUGUAUAUUACACAUGUUUGUUUAGCUGUGUUUUUUUUCAUACAUCAUCAGCACAUUAGCGUCUGUGUGUUUAUGAGUGUGUCUGCAUGUGUGUGUGCUUAACCUAUAGUGGACAACAGACGAUAACUCUUACAUAAGCAGCUGUCUCCCUCUCUCAUUCGUGCUAGCUUUUCCAGGAUUACUGCUCCAUUGUUGGGCCCCGAUCCACAGCAAUGCUAAUUUGAAGCACUGCGUAUUGUGUGCUUCAUCUGUGCUUCCUGAUCCUCUUGUCUUUUUUUAUUUUUAACUCCUUCUCUUACUGGCUCACACAUGUGAUAUAUAGACUGUGUGUUUUGCAAAAGGAUGGGCCCUGUGUGUGUGUGGGACCAAAAUAUUACCUUUGCUGACCCAGAAGUCAUCAAAACAGAUAGUGAUAGUCCGGGCUGGAUGCUGGUUUCACACUUCAUAAAUCAAGACAACCAAACCAUUUCUAAAAAUGAAACACCUCUUGGACAAAAAUAUCUUCUUGUUGGCGAAGGACUGACUUUAUUCUAGGACAUUCACUUAUAAGCAGCAGAAUAUGCUGUUAAUGUUGUUAAAAUUGUGGUACGCUGUAAAGUCAGAUAACCAAUUAAGUGUUUUGCUUUUGCAGGUUGAGCAGCUGACAGACGAACAAAAAAAUGGUAAGUAAUUUAAAGAAUAUUAUCCACUUUAUUAAUUUGCUGUAAAGCUCAUGUGAGGGACUUUUAGCUUUUGUUGAUUUAGUGCCCCCUGUGGACAAAACUUACACAUGUAAGUCAUGUUUUCUGAUAAAAAUAAAAAAAAAUUCAUCAGCCAAAUGUGCCUCUAAUUGUCAAUAUUUGCUCUGAAAAAGGUCGAAUAAGUCUUUUUUGCUGCAAAUCACCUCAUUUGACACCUACUCCUUUACAGCAGUAACAAGCAUCAGUCUUACUGUCCCAGGAGCUUUAAGGUCCUUACACACCAGGAACGAUGCAAAUAUACUAUGCAAAAUUACGAAAUAUUCGGAGGCGAAAUUUGACGUGCCUGUCUAUACACAUCAAACACGAUGCGAUUUUGCGACUUUCCGGGGGGAAAAAAGAUGCGUCACGGUGGAAGCGAGAAGACCAACACAACAGCAGACUGACUGUUCUUCAGUUCUGAUUAGACUCUAGUGCUGUCUUGAUAGCAUGUACUGAGUCGGGGCCAGCACCAGAUAAGCACAUUAAACUAUAAUCCAUAAACGUAAGGUAACAACCAAGACCUAAUGGUGCUGUGACAGCAACGAGAUUGAGUUUGAGACAGUAAAAAAUAUAUAUGGUAUGUUGUAUCUGAGCUGGUUAGCUUACAAGCUAAAGUUAUGUUAGCACAGAUGAAAGUUAAAACAAAGAAGUUUAGCAAACUGUUAAAGCACAAACCAUCGUCAUAUGAGAAAUCCGACACUAUGACUCUUCACAAGUUGUCCUUCAGGUCAACUUGUGAUAUUUGUGUUUUUUAUCAAAAAGCACUCUGUUCUCCGACACGUAAACAAUCAGCCGGUUAGCCAGGUUGGAUAUACCACUGAAUCUGAUAUCGCAACAACGCGCAAUCUGAUCGGUCAGAAGUGGACACAGAGUAUGUGAAACUUUAGAAAAAUCGACCGGUAACGGAAAAAAAAAAGCCCCAAUAUCGCAGGACGGGAAAACGUCGCUGAUGCGAACGCUUGUAUUGACAGGUACAGGUUCAAAAAAAAUAUUGACAUCCAAAAUAAUCACACUAAAAAGACGCCCCCAGUGUGAAAGGACCUUUAAUCAUGCAUAACAACAACAUUUAAGGUUUCUUUUAAUAAAGGCUAAACUUUCAUCUCUGACACAUAAUUCAUGAUGUUGUAAGCUCGUUGAAUAAGCACAUCUCACCUUGUCACAUCAGUCAAUGAUAUAAUGUUGUCUCCCCAUGUGCAAAUGUCAUGCUGCAGAGUUCAAGGCCGCGUUUGACAUCUUCGUACAAGAUGCCGAAGACGGCUGCAUCAGCACUAAGGAGCUGGGGAAGGUGAUGAGGAUGCUGGGCCAGAACCCCACACCAGAGGAGCUGCAGGAGAUGAUUGAUGAGGUCGAUGAGGACGGUAAAUCAAAGGCUCUUCUGGCGCUACAGUACAGAGGAAGUAAAUGAUUGGUCGAUUGUUGUUGACCUCCCUGUCUUGAAGGAGCAGCUGGCAGGUUCAUCAUUGCACAAUCAUGCUGUGUGGACAAGUGCGGGUCAAAGCCCCUGAACCUAAUGUCAGAUGAUAGUGAAGGGUCUUACACACAAGAAGAUAUGUCGGGAUGAAUUUAAGAGGAGGCGAAUCAGGGAGCGUACAAGUCAUCUUGAAUAUCCCAUGUGACGCCAUGACGCAAUAAGGAAACAGCAUCUUGAAUUAGUUUGAUAAAGCCUCAGUGCCUACAACAUGAUAUCAAAUAUUGGGAGCUAUUUUAUCUCCAAAUGUGGUUCUUGAUUUUUUAGUUUAAGCAUUUCCUGAUACAUUUAUGUGUCUUAACCUUUUAUUUUUUAUUUCUGUUGUUCAAUAACUUGUGAACUAUUUCUCUUGAAGCUCAUGGGUGUUUCAAUUUGUGUGUGUGCAGGGAGUGGCACGGUGGACUUUGACGAGUUCCUGGUCAUGAUGGUGAGGUGCAUGAAGGAUGACAGCAAAGGGAAGUCUGAGGAAGAACUGGCGGAGCUGUUUCGCAUGUUUGACAAGUGAGUUUCAUGUUUAAACCGUGUUGCUAGUUUGGAUUAAAAGAGUUAAUGUUGCAGGAAUGCCUCAGCAGCUCACUGGCAAAGACUUUAUUUUCAACAAGAAAGACACCAAAAAAACAUCUACAUCAAGAGCAUGCUAUCGCCUGAUAUCACCUCAGACUCGUAAUCACAUUGCUAUUCACAGUGUGGUUCCAGGAAAGUAUGCUCCCCAUGUGCAAUUAUGCGAACUGACAAAAUGCCAAGUCGCUCUGCAGAGUGCUGCAUGUAGUGCGCUCCAUAAUCCUUUUUGACAGCACAGAAUAUUUCAAACACCCACUCCAUGUAAGCCAGACACCUCGCCUGAGCAUCAAAGAGCUAACUUGCCGUACUUCUGUAUUUAAGCAUUUGAGAAUCAUUACUGUUAGAGGAGGGGGAAAAGAGGAAAUGAUCAGGAACGUGUCACAUAUAAUCACACACCCUCCUCCGCUGCCAUUUGUGCAACUUAACCCAUUAAUGCGCCUCUACCUGUUUGAUUGUGCAGGAAUGCAGAUGGAUACAUAGACCUGGAGGAGCUGAAAACAAUGCUCGAGUCCACAGGAGAGGCGAUAACCGAGGACGACAUCGAGGAGCUGAUGAAGGACGGGGACAAGAACAAUGAUGGGAAAAUUGACUAUGAUGGUAAGAGGUUUAAAAAGACCUCCUUAGUGCACAUGCAAAAUAAAAUUUGUGCUAAAUUAAAACUUUUUCCUCAUGUGUCUUUUUCUUUCUUAAUUUUGCAGAGUUCUUGGAGUUCAUGAAAGGAGUGGAGUAAUCCUGCACAAGAGAAGAUCCUGAAUAUUUUUGUAUUUCUCUGUGAAAAAACAAAGACCUGACUUGAUUAAAACAACAGAACGACUUUGCAAGAUUCAGUGAAAACUGUAGCUGAAUGUCUCUGUAUUUUUUUUGCCAUCUCUUGCAUUGUUGUAAAUACAGUUUGUAACUACUUUCAGAGCCCAGUGUAUGUCGAAUUUGUGUAAAUGUAUCUAAAUUUCUUUUGUUUUCUUUCGGAGCCAUACAGCAGAGACUACAUCGUAUCUCUCUGGAGCCAGAGCCGGUUUACAAGCCUUGUAAAUGGGAGGCUGAUACUGUUCAGCUGUGCACAAAGCAGAACACAAUCACGAGUCAACCGUUUUAAAACAGACCCCUGGAAGACUUCUUAUAACUUUAGAGAAAUGUACUGGAGUCAGAGUGUAUACUUUACAUGUUCUGUGUACUUUUCUGUGCGUUUAAGAUACUCUCAGGACAUUUUAUCCCUCUUUGAAGACCCCAGAUUACUGUAAUAUUUCUACAUGAAGUGUCUGCUUAUAAAAAAAAGUAAUAAACACGAUGCAUUUGUCCGA